CCCGGACACGGAGGCGGGGAAAGUGGGAGGGGCCUCUCACGGUGGCCUCUGCGCUGAUUGGCUGCCCAAGCUGUCCGUCACCCAGGAGCUGCUCGCUGGUUGGCUGAGGGAGGCGGAUCCGCAGGUGUCCUCCGCUCAUAGAGGCGCGGGGCGGAGAGAAGGUGAUCAAUCUCAAUUUCGUCUCCAUUAGAAACAAGAAAAUCACCUAACACUCUGACAGACAGCGACAAGCCCCCUGAAAGCAAAUGAGUCUGAUUUAUUUGGCUGCAAAAACACCCGGAAACGCGUGCUGAUAUUUCUGCGUGUUUUUCUGCGUGAUGCUGCCCGGUUCCGCGCGCUGUUGUUUGUUUUUCAGCGAGUCUGUUUGAGUUCGUCAGACUUCCUCCUGCUGGAUAAUUUUACUGCUGCUCGCGUCUGUUGGCCCGGGAGCUCGGGAGAAGGGAAGAGGAGAAAAACAAGUUUCUUGGAUCGGUCCCCUGUCCCGUCAAGCUGCAGCAUCGGGGGAAACCGAACCACUGGCCGGAGCUGGGUGGAGCAGUGACCGCCUGUAGCAUGAUGUCCUACCUCAAACAGCCCCCCUACGGCGUCAACGGCCUGGGGCUCAGCGGCGCCAUGGACCUGCUGCACCCCUCCGUGGGCUACCCAUCGACUCCCAGGAAGCAGCGCAGGGAGCGGACCACCUUCACCCGCACUCAGCUCGACAUCCUGGAGUCUCUGUUCGGGAAGACCCGGUACCCGGACAUCUUCAUGCGGGAGGAGGUCGCCCUGAAGAUCAACCUGCCGGAGUCCAGAGUCCAGGUGUGGUUCAAGAACCGGAGGGCCAAGUGUCGCCAGCAGGCGCAGAGUGGCAACAGUGCAAAGGCCCGUCCUCCUAAGAAGAAGUCGUCUCCGGCCCGGGAGAGCACCGGCUCGGAGAGCAGCGGGCAGUUCACUCCGCCGGCCGUCUCCAGCACCGGCUCGUCCUCGUCCUCUUCCUCCUCCACCAAUCACACGGGCCCUGCGGCGCUCAGCAGCACCUCUACCUCCAUCAGCACCGUCUCCUCCAUCUGGAGCCCCGCCAUCUCCCCCGGAAAUGCUACGGCUCCUGCGGUGGCCCCGAUCCCCGAGCCCGGACCCCCGUCUAACGCCUCCUGUAUGCAGCGUUCGAUGUCAGGCUCCGCCGCUGCUGCCACCUCCUACCCCAUGUCCUACAACCAGACGCCGGGGUACGGGCAGGGCUACCCCACCCCUUCCAGCUCUUACUUCAGCGGGGUGGAUUGUGGCUCCUACCUGGCCCCCAUGCACUCCCACCACCACCCCCACCAGCUCAGCCCCAUGACGGCCUCCUCCAUGUCCGGCCACCCACACCACCACAUCAGCCAGUCGUCGGGGCACCACCACCACCACCACCAGGCGUACGGAGGCUCCGGCCUGGCCUUCAACUCCUCCGACUGCCUGGAUUACAAAGAGCAGACUGCAGCCUCCUCGUGGAAGCUCAACUUUAACACCACAGACUGCUUGGACUACAAAGACCAGGCCUCCUGGAGGUUCCAAGUCUUGUGAUCGGGCUUUUUUUUUUUUCUUCCUCCUCCUGUUCGUCAGCUUCUUUUAUUUUCCAGAUUAGCAUAUUGCUUGUUUUCAAAAGACAAAAAGAGUUUAUGAACCAUAAGAUAGCAGCAAUCUGACUUUGUUUUACCCUCGACGUCUUUUUAAAAACAAAAAAAAUGUAAGAGAAACAGUCCCUGGAAUGCUGAGGAGAGCAAACAUCCGGAGCAGUUUCCUGACGAUGAAGAAUGGGUUUUUAAAAGACGUUGAUUCUUGGAUGACCUUAUAAAACUGUUUUUGAAAACUACAAAAAAAGUCAUUUCAACCGAACUCCUUCGACCACCAGCUCUCUGGAUGGGAGGAAUAUUUCCCCCUGGACAGGAACUCGCCCUCUUUACCUCCCAAUCAAAUCCUGUAAAGUUUUUAUUUCUGAAAUUUGUUAUUUUAGGAUGACAGAGAUUUUUAGUCAGCUACAUCGUGGAGCUGAAAUAUGUAAAUAUGUAUUUGGGUCAGUUACAGUGACCAUGUUUAGUUGGUGUUUUUUUUUUCCGAAUUUGAAAUUGUAUGUAAAUCUUUCCAAAUAUUCCAAAGAGAACAAAUUGGCCAUAAGGUUCAGCUUUUAUAUCCUACGUUGUUUUACUCAGAAAAUGUUUUGGCAAUUUGAAAUGUCUCGGGAGGGGCGGGGGGGGGAUACAACUCUAAAAUAUAGAUGCAGUUUGUUUUCCGGAUAUUAUUAUUCUAACCUCUCUACAUUUUCAAACCAGACCUCCUCUCUUGGGCAUUGUCGUGAUAUAUUGGACAUGUUUGAACCGCAGCACUUGGCUUGAAAUUGGAGUCAGAGCAUUUUUAUUUUUGGAGAGGAAAAUGUGGAUUUUAUUAGCUCCAAAAUGACAGUAAGAUGUUGAAUGUAUCUUUAAGGCGAACCACCCUUACAUACAUGUUCAUCCAAUAAAGAUCCGUUAAGUCAUA